AUGACAAAAUCACCUCAUCAGGAGCUUGCUUGUAAGGCAGCUCUACCCGCCACACCAACCGGUUGGACCCCAGUGCUGUACGAUCUAGAGUCUAUCGAAGGGCAGAGUAUCGUCGCCGCUGUCAAGAAGGAUGCCAAACUGGCGGCCGAGAACUUGUUCAUCGCCGACAUGAACGGACGUCUUCUCGAGAAGCUGGUCGAAAUGAAGGGUGACAGCUUUGUGUUCGAGCAUAGCUACGUCAAUAUCAAAGAACUUCCUGGCCUCAUCUUGGAUAUCUUCGAAUGGACAGAGCACAAAGUCAAGUGCGCAGGGAUGAAUGCGGCUGGGAUGAAGCGCAUCACUUCCGCUGCUCGCAUCUGCUCCGCUAUCCGCAUUUGCUGCCUUCAAAUCAAGUUGGAAAAGUUCUCUGAAGAAACCGCUUAA